AUGAAGAAAAUGUUCAGUUUAUCACUUCAGACAAACUUAGUAUCAGCUAAACCACUAGCCUCUACUAAUUCCAAACAUCUUGGCAAAUCUAAAACUCCAGAAAUUGCCUCAGUGGAACUGGUUCUGUUAGUCAGAGAGUGGAAUGAAACAGCCAUCACAAGAAAUAGUGAAGAAUCACUGAAAAUUUUGGAUAAAUAUUGUCAAGAUGUGAAGGAUGUGGUGAAGAGUAUGGAAAAGAAACUGAGUUCAGUUGCCUUAUCAUGUGAUAUUCCAUUACAACUGAAUCGAAAUACCCAAAAACUCGAAAUCACAGUGCAGCUUAUGAUGUCGUCCAGUGAAGUGGAGAAAGCGUUCUCGUCAAAAGCCUGGUUCAGACUAUUUAAAGAAUCAGUCAAACCUGGAGCAAUCCCAGUUGAUGAUGAUAAGUGGCCAACGGCUAUUGUGUCAGUAACGAGAAAGGUAUGGAGAAACACAGAAUACACACUGUCCUAUCCUGUGACAUUUGAAGAACUCCCCAACGGUUGGUGCCAAAAGGUGGAGAAACAGGUGUCAAAGUUAUAUCCUGGGUUGAAAGAAACAAUUGAGAAAUGUUCAUUUAAUAAGGAGAAACAAUCAAUCCAGUUGAAGUUAUCAAGUCAGAAGCUUUUACAAAAGGGUUAUCUUAGUUCACGCAAUGUUCUCUUUUGGCGUUUCCUAUUUGGUGUUACUGAAGUACAGUUGGCUGAUGUAAACUCAGAGGUUCUCAUAGCUGAAAUAGAACUUUCAGUCAAACCGUUGGUAAUUGGAGACAACAAAUCAGACCGUCGAUUCUUAGCAAUCUUAGACAACCUCUGCAAAGAUGUAAAAGAAGUAGUGAAGAGAACAGAGCCAAGAUUGAGCUCAAUUCCACUGUCAUGUGAUAUCCCCCAGUUGGAUCCAAAUCAACUAAAUACUCCUAGUAACAUUACAGUACUACUGGCAAUGCCACAUAGUGAAAUGCAGCAGGUAUUUCCGUCAGAAGAGGGGUUUGACAGUUUACAAUCAUCCCUUGAAUCUGCAAGUAUAUUAGAAAGUGAUAAAUGGAUAACUGAUAUCAUUUCAUUUGAAGAGCCAUCAAACCUCGUCAAAGGUGUACUUGACAUCCAUCUACAAGAAUCUAGGAAUUUGCAUCUCACAAAAUUAUGCAACAAACAUAAAACAACACUAUCGAAAAUGUAUCCCGGAAUUGAUAAAGCAGUAGUUGAUUGCUUUCCGGGCAUAAACAGAACUGCAGUAAUAAUGCGACUGUCAUUAGAUGAAUUGGUGAAGAUUGGCUAUUAUAGUGAAUAUAAUACACUGAAUCUGCGCAUCAAUGAUGCUUUGUCAGUGAUGAAGCGGACACGUAAGUGA